AUGGUGUUUUGCAGCAUAUCCAACUGCGGAAAUUCUUCCACAAUUUGUAACUUUACAAAUAAAGGGAUAACAUUUCAUAUGUUCCCAAAAGAUCCAGAUAUUAAAGAUAAAUGGAUAUCUGCUACUGGAAAAACAAAUUGGUUCCCAACGAAGUAUAGCAGAAUUUGUUCUGUUCAUUUCACAAAUGAACAAUUUAACUCGUCAACAAAAAGGCGGACUUUGAUCAAAUCAGCAGUACCGACAGUCGACAUAUGGAGACUGAUUACGGCAACAGAUAAUUUGCAGCCGACGGUGACGCCAUCAACGUCUAAAUGUGAAUUUCCAGAGAUAGUUGAUUCCGCAGGUAACCAGCAAUUGACGCCCUCAAUAAGUGAUUCUGUGCAAGCUGACACUCCGAGAGAAAAAAAAUUACGCUCUGAAAUUAUUAGAAGUCGCGUCGUCAUUGCAGACCAGCGGUUAAAAAUAAAACGCUUACAAUGCCAAAAAAAAGCCAGACGAUAUAGCAAACAAAUUUUGAAACUAAAAGACCUCAUUAAAAAAUUAGAAGAUAAUAGAUUAAUUACGGGAGAGCAAGGGUGGUGCUUAGAAAAUAUGAACAUUACAAUGCAAGAUACA